AUGGAUACCGCAAAAAAAACCGACGAAGCGACUGAAGGAAAUCUUCUGGAGCAGCCUAAAGAAGAGCGAACUUCUACAAGGAGUCCACUCACGAAGAUGCGGACGUAUGUCUUGGCGUUGAGGCCGUGGUCUCUGAGCGCGAGUUUGUUACCUACUUUGCUAGGCGCCGCAUUGGCGUACCGGCUCCCCGGAGACGCUGGCUUCAGCUGGCUUACACUAUUGCUGACUAUCUGCACUGUGAUACCAGUCCACGGCGCAGGAAACGUUGUGAAUACGUAUUUUGAUUUUGUAAAAGGGAUAGACAAUCGCAAAUCUGAUGACAGAACUCUCGUAGAUCACAUUCUUGCAGUUGACGAAGUUGUGUCUCUAGGUGCUAUACUUUAUAUGGCGGGUUGUGCAUUUUUUGUCCCAUUAGUUGUAUCCUCACCAGCAAGGAUGGAACAUUUAGCGUUAGUGUAUUUUGGUGGAUUAUCUUCCUCCUUCUUGUACACUGGGGGAAUUGGUUUAAAAUACAUUGCUUUAGGAGAUAUUUUAGCACUAGUUAUAUUUGGCCCAGUUUCUGUUGUGUUUGCAUUCUUAGCUCAGACGGGUAGAGUUGAUUGGCCUAUUAUCUACUAUGCUAUUCCUCUCGCAUUGAAUACUGAGGCAAUUUUACACAGUAAUAAUACUAGGGAUCUUGAAACAGAUAGAAAAGCAGAAAUAGUUACAUUAGCCAUAUUGAUUGGAACCACAGCAUCAUUUUUAUUGUUUGCUUCUUUAUUAUUUAUUCCAUAUAUAAUGUUUGCUGUAGCAUCAGUAAGGUGUUCUUUAUGGUUUUUAUUACCAAUGCUCACUUUGCCACGAGCUUUUGAAAUUGAAAGAAGGUUUAGAUGCGUGGAGACCAUGCGAUAUGUACCUAGGCAGACUGCUAGGCUCAAUUUUUACUUUGCUAUGUUGUAUAUGAUCUCAUGUUUGUUUGCUAACAAACUGCCUUUUCUUCUAAGGUAGAACUUAAUAUUGUUGAUACUGUUAGCUAUCAUUGUACUUAUUAAUACCUUGGCUUCUAAGUCCUUGAUGAAUAUGAUCAGUAUUUUAUUUGGAGGAAUAAUCUUUGUGUACAAAUAAUUGUAUUAUUUAUAUUGCAUCUCAUAUCACAUAUCCAUGUUAUUGUUAAUAAAUUAGUCAUAAUUUAAGGGAAAAUAUUAAUUACAUAUUAUGGGUAAGGGUCAGAUCCCACUUGUCUGUAUGCCUUACUAUUGCAUCUGUUUAAGUUGCGUGUCUCAAAAAGAAACAAUAUCUCAUGGGGUAGUGGGACGUAUGGUGCUAAAGCAUUGCUCACAUCAGUAUUGGGUCUGGGCUACACCACAAAUUUUAGCCUGAACCCACUACUGAUGAGUGCUAACAAAUGGGGUGUAACCCUAAAGGAUUACUAGUAUCUAUGGUACAUAAUAUUGUCACAUACAGCUCUUUUUAACUAUGCUUUAAAUCUAUAAAUAACAAUAGUUUACAUAAUUUGUGUACAUUUAAUUUAUAUUUAUUUAAAGUUAAUUGUAAUAUGUUGUCUUCAUUAUUUCUACUGCUUCUAUUACCCACUAUGCAAUAGCUUAGCUUUUGUGAUUUGUUUAUAAUUUUAAAAAUGAUGCUAAAGUGAACAUAAUAUGUAACAAAGGGAAAAGACAAACUAAUAUAGAAAAUAGGCUAUUCGAUUUCUAUUUUUUUAUUGUAUCAAUCAGCUUCUAUGAACAUGUUGGAAGUUUGUUUUGUAAUAUUUCAACAAGUACUAGACAUAAUUACGGUUAGUCAGUGGUGGUGAGAUUCUCACUUUUUUUAAUGAAAUGGUCCUGGUAAAUUAUGGUAGCAACCAAGUUUAUAUAAAUUAUUAA